CCGAGCCUCGGUAGUUUCCCCGCAAAGUUUAAGGAUGCCAGCCAUUUACCCCAGAUAUGAGAGUGAUAAGGCGCAGAACAGCACUUUUAAUUUUCUCUCAACUGAUCUGUAUCACAACUUCAAGAACUUUCCUCACACAAAUAAGAAUACAUUAGCGACGACCGCGAUACCUCACUCAUCAUAACUCCUCACAAUGGUUAUUAAGCGUAGUGAGCCAUGUUAUGUCCUCGGUGUUGGUAUGACCAAGUUCAUCAAACCCAGGGGUAAAGUCGACUACACUGAACUUGGAUUCGAAGCAGGCAUUAAGGCUAUGCUUGAUGCGCAAAUAAACUACGAUGAUGUUGAUCAAGGUGUUGCAUGUUAUUGCUAUGGCGAUUCGACCUGCGGACAACGUGUCUUCUAUCAAUUUGGAAUGACCAAAAUCCCAAUCUACAAUGUAAAUAACAACUGUUCCACUGGCUCCACAGGACUGGCUUUGGCUAGGAAUGUCAUUAGUCAUGGAGGUGCAGAUUGUAUAUUGGUUGUUGGAUUCGAGAAGAUGAAUCCUGGUUCGCUCCAAAGUUUCUGGAAUGAUCGCAGUAACCCGACUGGAACAACUGGAGAAAUGAUGCGAGUUACUAGAGGUGUCACCAAUGCCCCUGGAGCUGCACAAAUGUUUGGUAAUGCAGGUCGAGAAUACAUGGAGAAGUACAAACCCUUCAUGCUUUGGAACGGCAUAACAGCAGGCUGACCCAUCGCAAACAGGUAUGGUGCUAAGAAUGAAGAUUUUGCGGAAAUCGCCCGAGUCAACCACGAGCAUUCGCAACGAAACCCAUACUCCCAGUUCCAAGAUGUCUAUACUCUCGAACAAAUUAUGAAAGCUCCAAUGAUCCACGAACCUCUGACCAAGUUACAGUGCUGUCCUACAUCAGAUGGAGGAGCUGCAGCAGUUUUGGUCUCUCAAGACUUCCUCGACGCGCGUCCACAUCUCAAAGAACAAGCAAUUUUGAUCGCAGGUCAAUGCAUGGCCACCGAUGCCCCAUCUCUAUUUUCAAAAUCCGCGAUUGAUCUUAUGGGUUUCGAGAUGACAAAACAUGCAGCGAAGACUGCCAUGGAGGAAGCCAAAGUUACACCGGCAGAUUUCAAAGUCUGUGAGCUGCAUGAUUGUUUCUCGGCUAACGAGAUGAUUGUAAUUGAUGCCCUGGGUCUUUCACCACCAGGAAAAGCCCACGAGAUGGUUAGAGCUGGAGAUAUCACAUAUGGAGGCAAGAUGGUCAUCAACCCCUCUGGCGGAUUGAUUUCAAAGGGUCAUCCAUUAGGAGCAUCAGGAAUAGCACAAUGUGCUGAACUUGUUUGGCAUCUUCGUGGAUGGGCAAAUAACAGAUUGAUCGAUGAUACAAGAGUAGCUCUGCAGCACAACCUAGGAUUAGGUGGUGCAGUUGUGGUUACUGUGUACAAGCGCGCUGAUGGAAAACCAAAUACUCCUGUUGAUUCAGCUGAAGUUGGAAAGAAAAAUAAGCUGGGUUACAAUCCCGCUGUGGAGGCGAAAGGAUUCACAGAGCAACAAGCUACAAGUGUGAGGAGUAAGACGAGUUCUAGUGCUUGGGCUUUGGGCGAUGUGGAGAAGAAAGUGGAAGCUAGAUUCUGAUUAUUUAAUACCCUUAAUAUGAAUUAGUCUCCCUGUUUUCCCCACUUUUCGCCAUUCAAGCUGAGGCCCAUCUCGUAAUUACAUGCUAUCGACUCUAGUUUCACACCGUCAAUGUUUUCUUUUAUUUACCGCUGAACUAGUAUUGAAAUUAAUUCGGAUUUGACAUAAUCUGCUCAUUACUGUUAAUUCAUUCUUUUACCCCUUAUAAUCCGUACUAUUACUUUCCUACCACUAC